AGCAGAGGAAAAACCACAGUGGAGGAUGAAGAUAGCAUGGAUGGACUGGAGACUACAGAAACAGAAAACAUUGUGGAAACAGAAAUUAAAGAGCAAUCUGCCGAAGAGGAUGCUGAAGCAGAAAUGGACACCAAACAGUCAGUUCUACCUCUUCAGAGUUCUGUAUCUGAAGAGUUUGCAAGCUCCAUGGUCUCUGUUGGUGUGGAAGCCAAACUCAGUGAACAGCUCUGCGCUUUUUGUUACUGUGGUGAAAAAAGUUCCUUAGGACAAGGAGACUUGAAACAAUUCAGUUUAACACCUGGAUUUAUCUUGCCAUGGAAAAGCCAGCCUUCGGUGAUGAAGGACAUUGAUGACAACAGCAGUGAAACCUGUGAGAAAAUACAAAACUCAGCACCACGAAAGCAAAGAGGACAGAGAAAAGAACGAUCUCCUCAGCAUAGUAUGAUAUCAUGUGUAAAUGCAAGCACCCAAACUGCUUCAGAUGAUCAGGCUGGUAAAUUAUGGGAUGAACUCAGUCUGGUUGGCCUUCCAGAUGCCAUCGAUGUCCAGGCCUUAUUUGAUUCUGCAGGUGCUUGCUGGGCUCAUCACCGUUGUGUGGAAUGGUCGCUAGGAGUAUGCCAGAUGGAAGAACAGUUAUUGGUGAAUGUGGACAAAGCUGUUGUCUCAGGGAGCACAGAACGAUGUGCAUUUUGUAAGCACCUUGGAGCCACUAUCAAAUGCUGUGAAGAGAAAUGUACCCAGAUGUACCAUUACCCUUGUGCUGCUGGAGCUGGCACCUUUCAGGACUUCAGUCAUUUCUUCCUUCUUUGUCCAGAACACAUUGACCAGGCUCCUGAAAGAUCAAAGGAAGAUGCAAACUGUGCAGUGUGCGACAGCCCGGGCGACCUCUUAGAUCAGUUCUUUUGUACCACUUGUGGUCAGCACUAUCAUGGGAUGUGCCUGGAUAUAACGGCUACUCCACUAAAACGAGCAGGGUGGCAAUGUCCUGAGUGCAAAGUGUGCCAGAACUGCAAACAAUCGGGAGAAGAUAGCAAGAUGCUGGUGUGUGAUACGUGUGACAAAGGGUAUCAUACUUUUUGUCUUCAACCAGUUAUGAAAUCUGUACCAACAAAUGGCUGGAAAUGCAAAAAUUGCAGAAUAUGUGUAGAGUGUGGCACACGAUCUACUUCUCAGUGGCACCAUAACUGCCUACUAUGUGACAGUUGUUACCGAGAACAGGAUAACUUUUGCCCUUUUUGUGGGAAGUGCUACCAUCCAGAAUUUCAAGAAGACAUGCUUCAUUGUAAUAUGUGUAAAAGGUGGGUUCAUUCAGAAUGUGACAAACCAGUGGAUCAUGAACUGGAUUCUCAAAUGAAAGAAGAGUAUAUCUGCAUGUAUUGUAAACCGCUGACAGCUGAGAUGGAUUCAAUACAGCCAGGUGAUGAAAUGGAGGUGACUGAAUUCAGUAAAGAUUAUAGUGAAAUGGAAGUUGAAGGACCUGAAGACCAUGUGGUAUUUCUGGAGCAAGAAAUCAGUAAAGACAUGAAAGGUCAAGCGUUCACAACUGGAAUUGUUCCGGAUGCAGUUGAAGUCCAUACUGAGGAGCAACCGAAAGUACCAGAAAGUCUUGUACACACAGAUUGUCUUCUCAUUUCUGAAUCAUCUAAAAAUAAAAUGAAUCCUGAAUUGGAAAAUAUGAUUUCUCAUGAAGUUGAAAGUGAAAAACUGGAAAUGCCUUCUAAAGUGAUGCAUAUUUGUAAUGAAGAUCAAAAUGACAACAAAGUAGAAGUAACAGAAAAUAUUGACUUGAUAGUACACCAGAACAUUGGGCAGCAAGAGGAACUACAGUUGUCCAAGGAGCUUAAAGUGGUCGUAACCUCAGAAGAAUCAAGGCCUUCAAGAUUAACUAUUGAUGGUGUCUCUGUUCCACCAGAAACCUUAAUGCCCCCACGUGAGGCAAGUACUUCUUUAUGUUCUAAAGAACAAUUGUCUGCAGAAAGGUUACAAGAAGAAAUGGAACAGAAAACAAAUUCUGAAUCUUCCAGUGCGCUUUUGGAAUUUGAAAUGACUCCUGCAAUUGAGUGCUGUGUAAAAGAUAGUUCAUGCCAAGGAGACACAUCUUUAAAAUUACCAUCUGAGACAGAGUCAUCAUUUUCAUCAGCAGCAGACGUAAGCAAGGCAAACGUGUCUUCCUCUCCAACUCUUUCUUCAGACUUGCCUUCACAUGACAUGCUGCACAGUUACCCUUCAACUCUCAGUUCUUCUGCUGGAAACAUCAUGCCAACAACGUACAUCUCAGUCACUCCAAAAAUUGGUAUGGGUAAACCAGCUAUUACCAAAAGAAAAUUUUCUCCUGGUAGACCUCGUUCCAAACAGGGGGCUUGGAGUACACAUAAUACAGUGAGCCCACCUUCCUGGUCCCCAGACAUUUCAGAAGGUCGGGAUAUUUUUAAACCCAGGCAGCUUCCUGGCAGUGCCAUUUGGAGCAUCAAAGUGGGGCGUGGGUCUGGAUUUCCAGGAAAACGGAGACCUCGUGGUGCAGGAUUGUCCGGACGAGGUGGCAGAGGCAGAUCAAAAUUCAAAAGUGGGAUUGGAGCUGUUGUAUUACCUGGGGUGUCUACUGCAGAUAUUUCAUCAAGUAAAGAUGAAGAAGAAAACUCUAUGCACAAUACAGUUGUAUUGUUUUCUAGUAGUGACAAGUUCACUUUGCAUCAGGAUAUGUGUGUUGUUUGUGGGAGUUUUGGACAAGGAGCAGAGGGAAGAUUACUUGCCUGUUCUCAGUGUGGUCAGUGUUACCAUCCGUACUGUGUCAGUAUUAAGAUCACUAAAGUUGUUCUUAGCAAAGGUUGGAGGUGUCUUGAAUGCACUGUAUGUGAGGCCUGUGGGAAGGCUACUGACCCAGGAAGACUCCUUCUUUGUGAUGAUUGUGACAUAAGUUAUCACACCUACUGCCUAGAUCCUCCAUUGCAGACAGUUCCCAAAGGAGGCUGGAAGUGCAAAUGGUGUGUUUGGUGCAGACAUUGUGGAGCAACAUCUGCAGGUCUACGAUGUGAAUGGCAAAAUAAUUACACACAGUGUGCUCCUUGUGCAAGCUUAUCUUCAUGCCCCAUCUGCUACCGAAACUAUAGAGAAGAAGAUCUUAUUCUGCAGUGUAGACAGUGUGAUAGAUGGAUGCAUGCAGUUUGUCAAAACUUAAAUACUGAGGAGGAAGUGGAAAAUGUAGCAGACAUUGGUUUUGAUUGUAGCAUGUGCAGACCCUAUAUGCCUACAUUAAACGUGCCUUCCUCAGACUGCUGUGAAUCAUCACUUGUAGCACAAAUUGUCACAAAAGUAAAAGAGCUAGAUCCACCCAAAACCUACACUCAGGAUGGUGUUUGUUUGACGGAAUCAGGGAUGACUCAAUUACAGAGCCUCACAGUUACAGUUCCAAGAAGAAAACGGUCAAAACCAAAGUUGAAAUUGAAGAUUAUAAAUCAGAAUAGCGUAGCUGUCCUUCAGACUCCUCCAGAUAUCCAGUCAGAGCAUUCAAGGGAUGGUGAGAUGGAUGACAGUAGAGAAGGAGAACUUAUGGAUUGUGAUGGAAAAUCAGAAUCUAGUCCUGAGCGGGAAGCUGCAGAUGAUGAAACUAAAGGAGUGGAAGGAGCAGAGGGUGUCAAAAAAAGAAAACGGAAACCAUACAGACCAGGUAUUGGUGGAUUUAUGGUACGGCAAAGAAGUCGAACUGGGCAAGGGAAAACCAAAAGAUCUGUGAUCAGAAAAGAUUCUUCAGGCUCUGUUUCUGAGCAGUUACCUAGUAGAGAUGAUGGAUGGAGUGAGCAGUUACCAGAUACUCUAGUUGAUGAAUCUGUAUCUGUUACUGAGAGUACUGAAAAAAUAAAGAAAAGAUAUCGAAAAAGGAAAAAUAAGCUUGAAGAAACCUUCCCUGCCUAUUUGCAAGAAGCUUUCUUUGGAAAAGAUCUUCUUGAUACAAGUAGACAGUACAAGCUGAGUUUAGAUAAUCUUUCAGAAGAUACAGCUCAACUUUCAUGUACAACAACUAUGAAUACAAAUUUCUUGGAUCCUUCCUUAGAUCCACUACUUAGUUCAUCCUCAACUCCAGCAAAACCUGCAACCCAAGGUACUGCUGAUGACCCAUUAGCCGAUCUUUCAGAAGUGUUAAACACAGAUGAUGACAUCCUUGGAAUAAUUUCAGAUGACCUAGCAAAAUCAGUUGAUCAUUCAGAUAUUGGGCACGUCGCUGAUGAUCCUUCAUCUCUGCCUCAGCCAAGUGUCAAUCAAAGUUCACGACCAUUAAGUGAAGAGCAACUAGAUGGAAUCCUCAGUCCUGAGCUAGACAAAAUGGUCACAGAUGGAGCAAUUCUUGGAAAAUUAUAUAAAAUUCCAGAGCUUGGAGGAAAGGAUGUUGAAGAUUUGUUUACUGCUGUUCUUAGUCCUGUGACCACUCAGCCAACUCCAUUGCCACAGCCUCCACCCCCAUCACAGCUGUUGCCAGUACACAGUCAGGAUGCUUUUUCACGGAUACCUCUCAUGAAUGGCCUUAUGGGACCCAGUCCUCAUCUCUCGCAUAAUUCAUUGCCUCCUGGAAGUGGAUUGGGAACUUUCUCUACUAUAGCACAACCCCCUUACCCUGAUGCCAGCAAUAAAAAUCCAACAUUUAAUUCAAUGGUAUGUGAUCCUAUUAGCUCUUGGCCAUCAUCAGCUCCCACUAUGGAAGGAGAAAAUGAUACAAUGUCAAAUACCCAGAGAAGUACGCUUAAGUGGGAAAAAGAAGAAGCUUUGGGUGAAAUGGCAACAGUAGCACCAGUUCUGUACACGAAUAUUAAUUUUCCUAAUUUAAAGGAAGAAUUCCCUGAUUGGACUACCCGAGUGAAGCAGAUAGCGAAAUUGUGGAGAAAAGCAAGCUCACAGGAAAGAGCACCAUAUGUGCAAAAAGCCAGAGAUAACAGAGCUGCAUUACGCAUUAAUAAAGUACAGAUGUCAAAUGACUCCAUGAAAAGACAGCAACAGCAAGAUAGCAUUGAUCCCAACUCUCGCAUUGAUUCGGAUAUUUUUAAAGAUCCGUUAAAGCAAAGAGAAUCAGAACAUGAACAGGAAUGGAAAUUUAGACAGCAAAUGCGUCAGAAAAGUAAACAGCAAGCUAAAAUUGAAGCUACACAGAAACUUGAGCAGGUAAAGAAUGAACAGCAGCAGCAGCAGCAACAGCAGCAAUUUGGUUCUCAACAUCUUCUGACACAGUCUGGUUCAGAUACACCAAGCAGUGGGAUCCAGAGUCCCUUGACACCUCAGCCUGGCAAUGGGAAUAUGUCUCCUGCACAGUCAUUCCAUAAAGACCUGUUUACAAAGCAACUGCCUAAUACUCCUACUUCUUCAUCUUCCGAUGAUGUGUUUGUAAAACCACAAGCUCCACCUCCUCCUCCACCCUCAUCCCGGAUUCCCAUUCAGGAAAAUCUUUCUCAGACUCAGACUUCUCAGUCACAUUCACCACAGAUGUUUUCACCUGGCUCUUCUAACUCCCGACCACCAUCUCCAGUGGAUCCUUACGCCAAAAUGGUUGGCACCCCUAGACCACCUCCAGGGGGCCAUAGUUUUCCCAGAAGAAAUUCUAUUACACCAGUAGAAAACUGUACGUCAUUAUCUUCAGUAUCUAGGGCCAUUCAAAUAAGUGAAACAGCAGCAAAUAGGCCAUCACCAGUGAGGGAUUCAUGUUCUUCCACCAUUACGAAUAAUGACCCCUAUGCAAAGCCUCCGGACACACCUAGACCUAUGUUAACAGAUCAGUUUCCCAAGCCUUUGGGGCUACCUAGAUCUCCUGUAGUUUCGGAGCAAACUGCAAAAGGUCCUCUAACAUCUGGAACCAGUGAUCCUUUUACUAAACCAUCUCCUAGGACAGAUGUAUUUCAGAGACAACGGAUCUCUGACCCAUAUACACGACCUUUGUUGACAUCUGCACCUCUUGAAAGUGGUCCUGGACCCUUUAAGACUCCAAUGCAGCCUCCUCCAUCCUCCCAGGACCCUUAUGGGUCAGUGUCACAGGCACCAAGACGAAUGUCUAUUGACCCUUAUGAACGGCCUGCUUUGACACCAAGACCUAUAGAUAGUUUUUCCCAUAGUCAAUCCAGUGAUCCGUAUAGCCAGCCUCCCCUCACUCCACAUCCAGGAAUGAAUGAAUCUUUUGCCCAUCCUUCAAGGACUUUUUCCCAGUCUGGAACCAUAUCAAGGCCAAUGUCUCAGGACCCAUAUUCCCAACCCCCAGGAACUCCACGACCUGUUGUAGAUUCUUAUUCACAACCCUCAGGAACAACUCGGUCUAAUCCAGAUCCUUAUUCUCAACCUCCUGGAACUCCCCGACCUUCCACUGUUGAUCCAUAUAGUCAACAGCCGCCAACCCCAAGGCCAUCUACACAAACAGACUUGUUUGUUGCAUCUGCAACUACUCAGAGGCAUUCUGAUCCAUACGCUCAUCCUUCUGGAACACCAAGACCUAGAAUUGCUGCUCCUUACUCUAAACCACCAACACCACCAAGGCCAAGGAUUUCAGAAGGUUUUACUAGAUCUUCAAUGAUACGACCAGUCCUCAUGCCUAAUCAGGAUCUUUUCCUGCAGGCAGCACAAAAUCGAGGACCAGCUUUGUCUGGCCCUUUGGUAAGGCCACCUGAUACAUGUUCCCAAACACCCAGACCACCUGGACCUGGUCUUUCAGACACAUUUACCCAUGUUUCCCCAUCUGCGGCCCGUGAUCCCUAUGAUCAGUCUCCAGUGACUCCAAGAUCUCAACCAGACUCUUUUGGAGCAAGUCAGGUUAUUCAUGAUGUCAGUGACCAUCCAAAGCCUGGAUCAGAGGGGAACUUUAGUACAUCUUCAAACUCUCCUCUGAAUUCCCAAGGUCAACCAUUUUCCAGUGUCCCUCAAAUUCCUGGACCUGUACCAACUUCAGGAGUAGCUGAUACGCAGAAUACCAUCAACAUGACUCAAGCAGAUACAGAGAAAAUGAGACAGCGACAAAAGUUACGCGAGAUCAUUCUCCAGCAGCAACAGCAGAAAAAGAUUGCUGGUCGUCAGGAGAAGGGGUGUCAGGAUUCACCAGGAACGCCUCAUCCAGGACCCCUUCAGCAUUGGCAACCAGAGAAUAUCAACCAGGCUUUUACCAGACCUCCACCUCCCUAUCCUGGGAACAUUAGAUCUCCCAUUGUCCCUUCUCUAGGGCCUAGAUACACUGUUUUCCCAAAAGAUCAGCGUGGGCCCUAUCCUCCAGAUGUUGCUGGUAUGGGGAUGCGACCUCAUGGAUUUAGAUUUGGAUUUUCAGGAGGUAGUCAUGGUACCAUAUCAAGUCAGGAGCACUUCCUUGUACCUCCUCAACAAAUACAAGGAUCUGGAGUUCCUCCUCAACUCAGAAGACCAAUGUCUGUAGAUAUGCCUAGGCCUUUAAAUAACCCACAAAUGAAUAACCCAGUUGGACUUGCUCAGCAUUUUCCACCACAGAGUCUACCAGUUCAGCAGCAUAACAUACUGGGCCAAGCAUUUAUUGAAUUAAGGCAUAGAACCCCUGAUGGAAGGCCACAGCUGCCCUUUAGUGCUCCUGCUGGCAGUGUUAUAGAAGCGUCUUCUCAUCCAAGACAUGGAAACUUCAUUCCCCGGACAGACUUUCCAGGCCCUAGACACACAGACCCCAUGAGACGGCCUCCCCAAUGCCUACCCAGUCAAUUACCUGUGCAUCCAAAUGUGGAACAAGUGGCACCAUCACAGCAAGAGCAAAGUCAUUCUACCCCUUCAUCAUCUGUGAUCAUGAGGUCUCUGAGUCAUCCCUUAAGUGGUGACUUUUCAGAAGCAUCUUUGUCAACAUCUACUCCAGCUGAAACUACAUCUGAUAAUUUACAGGUAACCAACCAGUCUUCUGAUGGUCUUGAAGAGAAACUUGAUUCUAUUGAUCCAUCUGUAAAAGAACUAGAUGUCAAAGACCUUGAGGGGGUUGAAGUCAAAGACUUAGAUGAUGAGGAUCUUGAAAAUUUAAAUCUAGAUACAGAGGAUGGCAAGGGAGAUGAAUUGGAUACUUUAGGUAAUUUGGAAACAAAUGAUCCCAACUUGGAUGACCUCUUGAGAUCAGGAGAGUUUGAUAUAAUUGCAUAUACAGAUCCAGAACUUGACUUGGGGGAUAAGAAAAGCAUGUUUAAUGAAGAACUUGAUCUAAAUGUUCCAAUUGAUGAUAAUCAGUGCAUGUCUAUUGAACCAAAAAAAAAGGAACAAGAAGACAAAACUUUGAUUCUUUCUGAUAAACAUUCACCACAGAAAAAAUCCACUGUUGCCAGUGAGAUAAAAACUGAAGCAUUAUCUCCAACUUCUAAAGAGGAAACUAAAUAUGAAAUUGAGAAAAAUGAGGAUAAAGAUUCUGUUGAUAUUCCCUGCUCAAAGGCUUCUACUAAUGCAGACCUUAAUGAUGGAGAAAAGGCUGCUUUGCAACCUUGUAAUCCAGAUCUACCUGAGGAAAAAACUAAUCAGGAAACUGAUGACUCCAGCACAAGUGUUCAAGGAUCUGCUCAACUACCUGCUGAAGAUGUAAUAAACUCUUGUGGCAUAACUGGAUCGACUCCUGUUCUCUCAAGUUUACUUGCUAACGAAAAGUCAGAUAAUUCAGACGUUAGGCCAUUGGGGUCUUCUCCACCAUCAACUUUGCCAGCCUCACCAUCUAAUCAUAUGUCAAGUUUGCCUCCUACUUUAAUGACGCCAGCUGGUCAUGUUUUGGAUAAUAACAUGAAUGCUAAUGUGGCAGUAGUCUCUAGGGUAAACCAUACUUUUUCUCAGAGUAUACAGGUAAACCCAGGGUUUGUUCAGGGUCAGUCAAGCAGUCAUAAUUUUGUGACAGGAAAAUCUACAAAUCAAACUGUGCCUCUCACGAGUCAAUCUGGUACCAGUGGCAUGUCUGGAUCACAACAGCUGAUGAUUCCUCAAACAUUAGCCCAGCAGAAUAGAGAGAGGCCCCUCCUUCUAGAGGAACAGCCUCUACUUCUACAGGAUCUUUUGGAUCAAGAGAGACAAGAGCAGCAGCAGCAAAGAAAGAUGCAAGCCAUGAUACGUCAGCGUUCUGAACCAUUCUUCCCUAAUAUUGAUUUUGAUGCAAUUACAGAUCCUAUAAUGAAAGCCAAGAUGGUGGCCCUCAAAGGCAUAAAUAAAGUAAUGGCACAAAACAAUAUGGGCAUGCCAUCAAUGGUUAUGAACAGGUUCCCCUUUAUGGGUCAGUCAGUGACUGGAACACAGAACAGUGAAGGCCAGAGUCUCAUACCUCAGGCAAUGACUCAGGAUGGCAGUAUAACACAUCAGAUUUCUAGGCCUAAUCCUCCAAAUUUUGGUCCAGGCUUUGUCAAUGACUCACAGCGUAAACAAUAUGAAGAAUGGCUUCAGGAAACCCAACAGCUUCUUCAGAUGCAGCAAAAGUAUCUUGAAGAACAAAUUGGUGCACACAGAAAAUCUAAGAAGGCCCUUUCAGCCAAGCAACGUACUGCGAAGAAAGCUGGGCGUGAGUUUCCAGAAGAAGAUGCAGAACAACUGAAGCAUGUUACUGAGCAGCAAAGCAUGGUUCAGAAACAGCUGGAACAGAUUCGUAAACAACAGAAAGAGCAUGCAGAGCUGAUUGAAGAUUAUCGCAUCAAACAGCAGCAGCAGCAGUGUGCAAUGGCCCCACCUACCAUAAUUUCUGGUGUCCAGCCCCAGCCACCCCUUGUUCCAGGAGCCACGACCCCCUCUAUGACCCAGUCCAACUUCCCCAUGGUGCCACAGCAACUGCAGCACCAGCAGCACACAGCAGUUAUUACUGGCCAUCCCAGCCCUGCCAGAAUGCCUAAUUUAACUGGUUGGCAGCCUAGUAAUGCUCCUGCUCACUUGCCCCUCAAUCCUCCUAGGAUUCCACCCCCUAUUGCCCAGAUACCAAUAAAGACUUGCACUGCAGCCCCAGGGACAGUGUCAAAUGCAAAUCCACAGAGUGGACCACCACCACGGGUAGAAUUUGAUGACAACAAUCCCUUUAGUGAAAGCUUUCAAGAACGAGAGCGUAAGGAACGUUUACGAGAACAACAGGAAAGACAACGAAUCCAACUUAUGCAAGAAGUAGAUAGACAAAGAACUUUGCAACAGAGGAUGGAAAUGGAGCAACGUGGCAUGAUGGGCUCAGAACUCAGUAGUAGGACAUCUGUAGGCCAGAUUCCAUUCUAUAGUUCUGACUUACCUUGUGAUUUUAUGCAACCUCCAAGACCCCUUCAGCAGUCUCCGCAACACCAACAGCAAAUAGGGCAGGUUUUGCAGCAGCAGAGUAUACAACAAGGAUCUAUGAAUUCUCCCCCUACCCAUACUUUUAUGCAAACAAAUGAACGAAGACAGUUAGGGCCUUCCUCAUUUGUUUCUGAUUCACAGUCAAUCCCCUGUGGAAGUCCAAAUUUUCAUUCUGUUAAGCAGAUGCGUGGAAGUCUUUCUGGUACCAACUUCCAGCAGUCCCAGGUGAGACCUCCUUUUACACCUGCAUUACCGGAAGCACCCCCAGUAACUAACAGCGGUCUUCCAUGUGGCCAAGACCCUACUCUAACCCAUGGACAAAGUUGCCCAGGAUCAAACCAGUCUCUCAUUCAAUUGUAUUCUGAUAUAAUCCCAGAAGAAAAAGGGAAAAAGAAAAGAACAAGAAAAAAGAAAAAAGAUGAAGAUACAGAAUCUACCAAGGCACCGUCAACUCCCCAUUCAGAUGUAACUGCUCCACCGACUCCAAGUAUUUCAGAAACUACCUCCACUCCUAUAGUGAACACACCCAGUGAGCUUACUCAGCAAAUGGAACAAGAGUCUGCAGAACCAGUAGACCCCCCAACCCCUACUACAGCAGUCAGCCAACUGUGCACAGAAUCAGAAAACAAACUGCCCACUAGUGACUGUUCACAAGGAACUCCAAAUCAACAGACUCAUGGAAAUUCAGAGACCGAUAAAUUCUCCAUGGAAGUUCCUGCCAAAAUUGGAGAGGUAAAAUUAGAACUGUCUGAAACAGAGCAGUGCCCUGGCAGAGAUGAACCUAAAUUAGAGGAACAAACCAGCAAUAAUGUGGAAGAAAAAGCUGUAGCCCAUCCUGUGUCUUCAGCUCAGAGCUCUCCUCAUCCUGUUGGGGGCCCUGCUGCCAAAGGAGAUACAGGGAAUGAGCUUUUGAAACACUUGUUGAAAAAUAAAAAGUCAUCUUCCCUUAUAAAUCAAAAACCUGAAGGCAAUUUUUGUUCAGAAGACAACUGUAGAAAGGAUAGCAAACCAGUUGAGAAGCAGAACACAGCUGAAGGAUUGCAAACUUUGGGGGCUCAAAUGCAAGGUGGUUUUGGAUGUGGCAACAACCAGUUGCCAAAAACAGACGGAGGAAAUGAAACCAAGAAACAACGAAGCAAACGGACUCAGAGGACUGGAGAGAAAGCAGCACCUAGAUCAAAGAAAAGGAGAAAGGAUGAAGAGGAGAAACAAACUCUGUACUCAAACACUGAUGCAUUCGCCCACUUGAAACAGCAGAAUAAUUUAAGUAAUCCUCCAACACCCCCUGCCUCUCUUCCUCCUACACCACCUCCCAUGGCUUGUCAGAAGAUGGCAAAUGGUUUUGCAACGACUGAAGAGCUUGCUGGAAAAGCUGGAGUGCUAGUGAGCCAUGAAGUUACCAAAACUUUAGGACCUAAACCAUUUCAGCUGCCGUUCAGACCACAGGACGACUUGUUAGCCAGAGCUAUUGCUCAAGGCCCAAAGACAGUUGAUGUUCCAGCUUCACUUCCAACACCACCUCAUAAUAAUCAGGAAGAAUUGAGGAUACAGGAUCACUGUGGUGAUCGGGACACCCCUGACAGUUUUGUUCCCUCAUCUUCCCCUGAAAGUGUGGUUGGUAUGACAGUGAGCAGAUACCCAGAUUUGUCAUUAGUCAAAGAGGAGCCACCAGAACCUGUGCCCUCCCCCAUCAUUCCAAUUCUUCCUAGCAAUACUGGGAAAAGCUCAGAACCUAGGAGGAAUGACAUCAAAUCUGAGCCAGGCACUUUAUUUUUCGCAUCACCGUUUGGUACAUCCCCAAAUGGUCCCAGAUCAAGUCUUAUAUCUGUAGCAAUUACCCUGCACCCUACAGCUGCUGAGAAUAUUAGCAGUGUUGUGGCUGCAUUUUCCGAUCUUCUUCAUGUCCGAAUUCCUAACAGCUAUGAGGUUAGUAAUGCUCCAGAUGGUCCAUCCAUGGGUUUGGUCAAUAGCCACAGAGUAAAUCCAGGUUUGGAAUAUCGACAGCAAUUGUUUCUUCGUGGUCCUCCACCAGCAUCUGCAAACCCUCCCAGAUUAGCAAGCUCCUAUCAGCUAAAGCAGCCAUUUCCUCCAUCAAGCAAUGGUCUUGCUGGAUAUAAAGAUUCUAAUCAUGGUAUUGCAGAUGGUUCGGCACUCAGACCACAGUGGUGUUGUCACUGUAAAGUUGUCAUUCUGGGUAGUGGUGUGCGGAAACCUUUCAAAGAUAUAAACUUUGUGAGCAAGGAUUCCCGAGAAAGCUCCAGUAGAGUUGAGAAGGACAUUGUCUUUUGUAGUAAUAACUGCUUUAUUCUUUAUUCAUCAACUGCACAAGCAAAAAGCUCAGAAAGCAAGGAAUCCAUUCCUUUGUUGCCACAGUCGCCUAUAAAAGAAGCAUCUUCCAAAGCAUUCCAUCAGUACAGUAACAACAUCUCUACUUUAGAUGUGCACUGUCUCCCACAGCUUCAGGAAAGAGUGUCUCCUCCUACAUCACCUCCCAUCACUUUCCCUCCUGCUUUUGAAGCAGCCAAAGUAGAAGCAAAGCCAGAUGAACUUAAGGUAACAGUCAAGUUAAAACCCCGGCUAAGAACUAUACAUGGCGGAUUUGAUGACUAUAGGCCUGUAAAUAAAAAGUGGAGAGGGAUGAAGUGGAAGAAAUGGAGUAUUCAUAUUGUCAUCCCCAAGGGAACAUUCAAAUCACCUUGUGAGGAUGAAAUUGAUGACUUUUUAAAGAAAUUAGGCACUUCCCUUAAACCUGAUCCUGUACCCAAAGACUAUAGGAAGUGUUGCUUUUGUCAUGAAGAAGGUGAUGGAUUGACAGAUGGACCAGCAAGGCUGCUCAACCUUGACUUGGAUCUAUGGGUCCAUUUGAACUGUGCUCUGUGGUCCACAGAGGUCUAUGAGACCCAGGCUGGUGCCUUAAUCAAUGUGGAGCUAGCACUGAGGAGAGGCCUGCAAAUGAAAUGUGUCUUCUGUCAUAAAAUGGGUGCCACCAGUGGGUGUCACAGAUUUCGAUGCACCAACAUUUACCACUUUACUUGCGCCAUUAAAGCACAAUGCAUGUUUUUUAAGGACAAAACAAUGCUUUGUCCCAUGCACAAACCAAAGGGAAUUCAUGAGCAAGAAUUAAGUUACUUUGCAGUCUUCAGGCGGGUCUAUGUUCAGCGUGAUGAAGUGCGGCAAAUUGCUAGCAUUGUGCAGCGAGGAGAGCGUGACCACACCUUUCGUGUUGGAAGCCUUAUCUUCCAUACCAUUGGGCAGCUGCUCCCACAGCAGAUGCAAGCAUUCCAUUCUCCUAAAGCACUGUACCCUGUGGGUUAUGAAGCCAGCCGGUUGUACUGGAGCACACGCUAUGCCAACCGGCGCUGUCGCUAUCUAUGUUCCAUUGAGGAGAAAGAUGGACAUCCAGUGUUUGUCAUCAGAAUUGUGGAACAAGGCCAUGAAGAUCUGGUCUUAAGUGACACCUCACCCAAAGGUGUUUGGGAUAAGAUUUUGGAACCUGUGGCGUGUGUGAGAAAGAAGUCUGAAAUGCUGCAGCUUUUCCCAGCAUAUUUAAAAGGAGAGGAUCUGUUUGGAUUAACUGUUUCUGCAGUAGCACGUAUAGCUGAAUCACUACCUGGGGUUGAGGCAUGUGAAAACUAUACCUUUCGAUAUGGCAGAAAUCCUCUCAUGGAACUUCCUCUUGCCGUUAACCCCACAGGUUGUGCCCGCUCUGAACCUAAAAUGAGUACCCAUGUCAAGAGGUUUGUGUUAAGGCCUCACACCUUGAACAGCACCAGCACCUCAAAGUCAUUUCAGAGCACGGUCACUGGAGAACUGAAUGCGCCUUACAGUAAGCAGUUUGUCCAUUCCAAGUCAUCUCAGUACCGGAAAAUGAAGACUGAAUGGAAAUCUAAUGUGUAUCUAGCCCGGUCUCGGAUUCAGGGAUUGGGCCUUUAUGCUGCUAGAGACAUUGAGAAGCACACCAUGGUCAUUGAAUAUAUUGGGACUAUCAUUAGAAAUGAAGUAGCAAACAGAAAAGAGAAACUUUAUGAGUCUCAGAACCGCGGCGUGUACAUGUUUCGCAUGGAUAAUGACCAUGUUAUUGAUGCCACACUUACAGGAGGGCCUGCAAGAUAUAUCAACCAUUCAUGUGCACCCAAUUGUGUGGCUGAAGUGGUGACUUUUGAGAGAGGACAUAAAAUUAUCAUCAGCUCCAACCGGAGAAUUCAGAAAGGAGAAGAGCUUUGCUAUGACUACAAGUUUGACUUUGAGGAUGACCAGCACAAGAUCCCGUGUCACUGUGGAGCUGUGAACUGCCGGAAGUGGAUGAACUGA